AUGGAAGAUGAGCAGAGAUGCCAGGAGGCUGCCACAGCAGCAAGGAUGCUGGCCCAGGAACAGCCUGUGGGGCCCCGUGCUGCUGGCACUGUGCCCCUGGUGGGCUGCUGCCCCCUCCUGGCCAUCACCAGACAUUCAUCUACCUGUGGAUCAGUGUUCAGGCCCUACCGAAUACCAGAUUCCUCAGCUGGUCUACAACUGUGCAAGGAGACCUGGUGCAGAGCGCCGUACGUAGCAAGCCUCCAGUUCGUGUGGAGGCUCCCAGGCGCCCGCGCCGCGCUUCGUGGGGUCCGCACGGCGGUGGAGCGGCACAGUCGGGCCGAGGCGGCGACUGAGACCGCGGCAGGCGCGAUGGAGCGCGCUGUGGUGCGCUGUGUGCCCUCGGAGCCUAAGCUAAGUCUGUCGUUCGCGCUGGCCGACGGCAGCCACAAGAACAUGCAGCGCGACCAGAGCGAGCCGCUGGGGCGGGCCCUCAGCCGGAUCGCUACCAGUGCCCUCAAAGGCCACGCGAAGGCGGCUGCCGCCAAGAAGAGCAGGAAGAACCGGCCAAACGCAAGCGGCGGCGUGUCCUGUGCGGGGCCUGGGCCCGAGCCGGCUGCAGCCUGCGAACCCGUGGUGAAGCUGUACUACCGGGAGGAGGCAGUGGCUGAAGACGUGCUCAAUGUGGACGCCUGGCAGGACGGUGCGGUGCUGCAGAUCGGCGAUGUCAAGUACAAGGUGGAGCACAACCCUCCCGCCUUCACCGAGCUGCAGUUGCCGCGCUACAUCAUGGCCGGCUUCCCGGUGUGCCCCAAGCUCGGCGUCGAAUUUGGGGAUCCCGCCGGCUCCCUCUUCCGCUGGUACAAGGAAACCAAACCCGGAGCGGCGGAACCUGAGGGCGGAGGCCCCUCAUCGUUGUCUCCCUCUUCGCCCUCUCCUGGUUGGACUGAGACGGAUGUGGACGAGCGCGUCUACACCCCGUCCAAUGCCGACAUCGGGCUACGGCUCAAACUUCAUUGUACCCCAGGCAAUGGGCAGCGCUUCGGGCCAAGCCGGGAGUUGGAAAGUGUGUGUCCAGUGGAGGCCGGGCCCGGCACCUGCACCUUUGACCACCGGCAUCUGUACACCAAGAAGGUGACGGACGACGCUCUCAUCCGCACUGUCUCCUACAACAUCCUGGCCGACACAUACACCCAGACUGAGUUUUUGCGGACGGUCCUGUACCCGUACUGUGCCCCUUACGCCCUGGAACUGGACUACCGCCAGAACCUUAUCCAAAAGGAACUCACGGGCUACAAUGCUGACCUCAUCUGUUUGCAGGAAGUUGACCGCAACUUGUUUACAGACAGCUUGGUGCCGGCCCUGGAGGCCUUUGGGCUGGAGGGCGUGUUUCGAAUCAAGCAGCACGAAGGCCUGGCCACUUUCUACCGGAAGUCCAAGUUCAGCCUCCUUAGCCAGCAUGACAUUCCUUUCCAUGAAGCCCUGCAGUCUGACCCACUUCACAAAGAACUGCUGGAGAAACUGGCUUUGUACCCAUCAGCGCAGGAGAGGGUGCUCCAGAGGUCUUCUGUACUUCAGGUUUCUGUUCUUCAGUCUACAAAGGACUCUUCUAAAAAGAUAUGUGUUGCUAAUACCCAUCUCUACUGGCACCCCAAAGGUGGGUACAUUCGUCUCAUUCAAAUGGCAAUAGCCUUGGCUCACAUUAGACACGUCUCUUGUGAUCUGUAUCCCAGCAUACCAGUUAUAUUUUGUGGGGACUUUAAUAGUACCCCAUCAAUAGGAAUGUAUCACUUUGUCAUCAGUGGCAAUAUUCCAGAGGAUCAUGAAGACUGGACUUCCAGUGGGGAAGAGGAACGAUGCAACAUGUCUCUUACCCAUUUCUUCAAACUGAAAAGUGCUUGUGGUGAACCUGCUUACACAAAUUACGUUGGUGGCUUUCAUGGAUGUCUGGAUUACAUUUUCAUUGACUUAAAUGGUUUAGAGGUUGAACAGGUGAUUCCAUUACCUACUCAUGAAGAAGUUACCACCCACCAGGCCUUACCUAGUGUUUCCCAUCCCUCUGAUCACUUAGCACUUGUAUGUGAUUUAAAAUGGAAAUAGAUUUGUGUCUGAUGGAAUUUAAAUCUGCUUUAGUAGGAAAUUUAAUAUGAAUCAAAGCUAUGUGUAACCUUCAAAGAGGAAAACU